CCAAAAAAUAUGACUCCUAUUAGACCGUUCUUGUUAAUGAAUGAAUGAAAAACAGAGAGCAUAAAAUCAGUCUCUUCUGGUUCUCGAAUACACAAAUGACUCCUAUGAGUCAGUGCUGUUGCCUACAAUUAAAUCGUACGACGAGUGAAUCGUGCUUUACUAUUAUAAAUCUCCAUUCCUCAUUCACUUCCAUUGUAUGACACAGAGCAGAGUGAACAUUCUGCAAAACAUCUCCUUUUCGAGAUCCACAAAAGAAUGGAAGAAUGAAACCACAUGUAGAUGAGUAAAUGGUGCCAGAAUUUCCUCAAUCAUAGCAAACUAAUGUUAAGUUCUUGGCUCAAUUGACUCAGAAUACAUGCAACUCCCUUCCUCGUGUUCCUGAAGGUUCUCAAUGGGGAGCCCAUUAUAAGACGCUCUAUUGAUUAUCACAGGCUCGAUCCAUUAUGAAUGAUUACUUGCCUUCAUGGUGAUUGUGCACCCUGGGAAUAAUGAACAAACGUGAGAAUGCAGUGUGGGCUUCUGUUGAUCUCACGCCUCUCGUACUCACACACACAUGCGCACACACACACACACACACCCACAUAUAAACCUUGAUUCUCCACCGCUGCAUCACCAAAGGGAGCUGCGCUCUCUCACGCACACGCUCCUCUCACAAUGUGAGAUGACAUCCGCAGAUCUCCCAUCAUGCCAAACGACACAGACGUGCCACUGUCGGCGUGUGCUCUGGGACGCGGCUCGCGCAUCUCUCUCACCACGGUCUACUGCUUCAUGUGCGUUCUGGGAACCCUCCUCAACCUCCUGGUUAUCUAUUUGGUGGUGACGUUCAAGAAGCUUCGCACAGCCAGUAAUGCGUUUAUCGUGAACGGCUGCGUGGCGGAUCUGCUGGUUUGUGCUUUCUGGAUGCCCCACGAAGCAGUGGCCACCUCCACUGGGACUUUUCUGGUGAUUGGCUACCAGGCGUUCAAAGAAGCGCUGCUGUUUCUGGGAAUCACCGUGUCGCUGCUCUCCCACUCGCUUAUUGCAGUCAACAGGUAUGUUUUGAUCACCAAAACCCCUGCGGUGUAUCAAAGCCUGUAUCAGAAGAGAAACACUGAAUGGAUGAUCGCAGGAUCGUGGUUGAUCUCCUUGGGCUCCUUGUUCCCGUGGAUCACGUCCUUUCGGUAUCCGCCCGAGAGGUGUCGGGACGCUGAAGAUGCUUCGUUCGCGAAGGGAACAUCGGUGUCUGUUUUGUCCAGUCGGUUUGCUGCCGGAACACUUGCGUUUACUAUCAUCGGACAGACUUUGGUCGUGGUGUACUGCUACUUUAAAAUCUUCCGCCGAGUGCAGAGAAGUGUGAAAAGAGUCAGUAUUUUGAAUUUCCAAAUCGUCAACAACCUUCCUUAUUCGUUCCCUAGAAAGGACAAGCGGCUCGGCUUUUACGUUCUCGCAGUGUGCUUUAUUUUUAUUCUUACGACCGAGCCGAUUUUUUGGGUUCUCGUCGUGGGAAUCUUUGCCCCGGUGUCCGUGGUGCUUUGGACGUCAACGUGGAUUGUGUUCUGCACUAUAUUCGUGUCCAAUCCCUUUCUGUACACUUGGAAGAACGAGGAGUUUCGGAAGUCCUUCAGGUCGGUGAUGAGAGGAGACUUCCUGCGGGGGUCCACGGUUGGAGUCGAGCCCAUCACCAUCAGUGCUAUUUCUCACAUCUUCCCCAGACAAAACAGCCGCAGGGCAUUUCUGGGUGAGAUGAACUGAGCUAGACCUGCAGAAGCUUACGACUAGUACUGUGGCCAAAAUUUCACUCGUGCUUCAACAAUCUGCUGGUGAUUUCUCAGUCACGAUGAGCUGUGU